UCAGAGUCAGAGGCAUCGCAACAUAGUAGCUUAUAUUAUGAUAAUGUGUAUCCACUUAGAAUUGGAAUAUUUGACCUUAGACAUUAUAUAGUCAGAACAAGUAAAAAAAGGCUUGAAACCAAAGUUAAAUCUGGAAAAUGGAUUCCACAAGAAACUGAAAUGCCAUUUAAUUUUAAGAUUGAGGGUGUGGAACCUAGAAAAAGAGAAGGCGGAAUGUUGGUUAAUUUUACAUUUUCGGUUGAUCCUGCACGAAAAUCCGAAGCAUUAAAUGAAAUCUAUAAGAAUGUUGAAGCUUAUAUAUCGGCUAAAAACAUUAUACCGUGGUUUAAUCUUAAACCGCUCGAAGUUUAUAUGGUUAAAGGCGAACCUUUUAUUGAAGAUUUGGCCAAUAGAUUUCCCGCAAGUCGACUUCAUGUUGAAUUUCAAGGACCAGAUGUUUCGAUCGAAACUUUGUAUCAAAUAUUUCGACCAUAUGGAUUAAUUCGUGAUAUAAUCCUACCGCAACCAUCUUCAAAAGAUGCCCCUCGAUUUGCUUUGAUACAAUUCUCCAAAAUGAGAUCUGCUACAAGCGCUAGAAAUUGUGUUCACGGUUUAAUUACAGAUGGCACGAGACUAAAUAUUGUCUAUGAUAAAACAUUGAAAUCAAAUAUGAUAUAUAGCUGGAUGAUUGCACAUCCAAGAACUUCGAUACCAUUAAUAGCAGCUGCUAUUGCUGGUAUUACUUACACAAUCUUUGAUCCGAUUCGAACCUUUUUUAUAACUUCAAAAAUCACACAACGAUUCAACCCUCAAGAAUAUCGUAUUUAUCAAUGGCUUAGACGUGAAACUAUUGACAGAUUAUUAACUUACCCUAAAUUCUUUGUCACGUCCUGA